AUGCAAACUUCACAAUCAAGAAUAGGGAGGCAAUUGCUGGUGGGACUAAGGAGAGGGAACACAGGCGGUCAUCGCUGUUUUUCAUGUACGGCGAGACAGGCACAGCAGCAGACACCACCCCCGAAGAAUCAGCAGGAUGCGCCGUCGACGACACAUUUUGGCUUCCAGACGAUAGCCGAGGCGAUUAAAGAGCAAAAAGACACUAAUCGGGUUGUGGAAACAGUUGGCGCAGUCUUCUCCUCGGUUGCCACCUCGUACGACUCCAUGAACGACUUCAUGUCUCUGGGCAUCCACCGCCUCUGGAAAGACCACUUUGUCCGAAAUCUCAACCCGGGCCGCAAUCCACUCACCACUCCCUCAUCUGCCGACUCUCCCCAAGGCUGGAACAUACUUGACAUCGCCGGCGGCACGGGCGACAUCGCCUUUCGCAUGCUCGACCAUGCCUCGAGCAUCAACAACGAUGCCCACACCACCGUCACCGUCGCAGACAUCAACCCCGACAUGCUUGCCGAGGGCAAGAAACGAUCUCUACACACGCCCUACGCGCGCUCCCCACGCCUGAAAUUCGUCCAAGCCAACGCCGAAAACUUGGACAUGAUACCCUCUUCCAGCAUUGACCUCUACACCGUUGCCUUUGGUAUCCGCAACUUUACACACAAGGAAGUCGCUCUGAAGGAAGCGUACCGCGUCUUGAAACCUGGCGGCGUCUUCGCAUGCCUCGAAUUCAGCAAAGUCAACAACCCGCUCUUUGACGCCGUAUACCAGCGCUGGAGUUUCGGGGCGAUUCCCCUGAUUGGUCAGGUUGUGGCGGGGGAUCGUGACAGUUAUCAGUAUCUUGUGGAGAGCAUUGCGAGAUUUCCGAGCCAGGAGGAGUUCAGUGGCAUGAUUCGAGAUGCGGGGUUCUUGGUGCCAGGAAAGGGGUGGGAGGACUUGACAAUGGGUAUUGCGGCAAUACACAAGGGUGUCAAACCGUUAAGGUAG